AAAAAAACACCAAAAAAAAAACACAUCGCAACAUAGCCUGGCACUCCUUUUCUUAUCCACAGUCCGCAUUCUAGUUCGUUCUAACGCCUUCUUAGCAGGUAACAUUAUUCAAUGCGAGCCCGCCUAAAAGCCCCACUCGCCGAGGCUCGUCGGCGAUCGGCGACCCUGAAGAUGACUAAAACCAGCAGGGCCUGAGCCGAGGCAUGGCGACUGUCUGUUGACCAGAUUUUACACUACCUCCGUACACGCAGCGGCACUUGGCUGCACGAGAGUGGGAACCCUUUUUCGGGCUGGGACCGCGGGUAGGGGGUCGACCUGCAUUAUUCAUCAGAACGUCACCGUGAACAGGAUAUAACAGCAUCACCCGCCCUGACUCGACAGCCCAGUUGCCCUGGGAUAAACCACUUCAACCCCCAUCAGUCUUAUCGCCGUCCUCGUUCCAACCACCCAACACCAUGUCUACCCCAAACAAGACCUUCAUCUUCAAGAAGAUCCCCCAGGGCUUCCCCGUGCCCGGGCAGGAUCUUGCCGUCGAGGACAGGCCCAUCGACCUGGAUGCCGUCCCCGAGGGGGGUCUGGUCCUCGAGAACCUGGUCGCAUCCUUCGACCCCUACAUGCGCCCCCGUAUGAGGGACCCAAGCAUCAAGUCCUACAGCCCGGCCUUUGACAUUGACGGCCCCAUUGCCAACACCUCCAUCGGCAAGGUCCUCAAGUCCGACAGCCCAGACUUCAACGAGGGCGACCUGGUCUCCGCCUUUGUCCCCAUCGCCCAGUACGCCUACGUCCCCAAGGAGCUCAUCGCCGCCGGGCGCGCCCGCAAGCUGUACAACCCCCACAACUUCGACCCUGCGCUCUUCCUCGGCCAGCUGGGCAUGCCCGGCCUCACCGCCUACUCGUCCCUGUACAAGAUCGGCCAGCCCAAGAAGGGCGAGACCAUCUUCAUCAGCAGCGCCGCCGGUGCCGUGGGCCAGGUCGUCGGCCAGCUCGCCAAGCACGACGGCCUCACCGUCAUUGGCAGCGUCGGCUCCGACGACAAGGCAGAGUUCAUCACCAAGGAGCUUGGCUUCGACGCCGCCACCAACUACAAGAAGGAGUCGACAUCUGACGCCCUGAAGAGGCUGGCCCCCAACGGCAUCGACAUCUACUACGAGAACGUCGGCGGUGAGGUCCUCGAGGGGGCUAUCGAGGCCAUGAACGUGCACGGCAGGAUUGUCGCAUGCGGCAUGAUCUCUCAGUACAAUGUCAAGGACCGGUCUGAGCGGUACGGGGUCAAGAACCUGAUGGAUGUCGUGUCAAAGCGCAUCACCAUGCAGGGCUUCAUCGUCGGCGACGAGGGCUUCGGCCCGGCCUACGCCCGGGAGCACCAGGAGAAGGUGCAGGCCUGGAUCGCGGAUGGUAGCUUCAAGACUAAGCUGCACGUCACACAGGGCAUUGACAACGCGGCGGAGGGCUUCCUCGGCCUGCUCAAGGGCGAGAACCACGGCAAGGCCGUCUUGAAGAUCAAGGACUAUUAGACACGUUUCGCACAGCAUUCCAUAGUGAUACCAAUUGUUGAUUUCAGCUUCA